GGGAGCGGCAGGAUGCGCGCCCGGGGAAGGACGUUUCCUGCCUGAGCAGCAUGCGCGGCGCCGAUAAAUGCCACGCGCGAGCACAAGCAGCGGCGCGGCGGCCGAGGCUCUGCGAUGAACGGGCACGCGGCGCCGGGCGGCCCGCCGGCGCGGCCCCGGGGCUGGAGCGACUUCUGCGAGCUGCACGCCAUCAGCGCCGCCAAGGAGCUGGCCCGGCACUACCUGCGCUUCGCCACCGAGCACCCGCAGCACGACCCGCUGGCCGCCGAGAGCUUCUCGGUGCACUUCACCCACCUCUUCCAGCAGUACUUCCGACGCGAGGUGACGGAGGGCUCCGGCGCCGGCCCCGCCGCCCGCGACUACCGGGAAGCGCCGGCGGGCGCCGCGGCCGGCAAGGGCGAGGCGGAGCGGGGCGCCCCGCGGAGCUCGGAGGAGCUGCCCGGCGCCGCGCCGCGGCCCUUCUCCCUGGGGCGGCUGCGGCGGAGCUGGCGCGGGCUCUUCCGCCGGCGCUGCCCGGAGGCGCCCGCCGGCGAGGCCGGCGGCUCCGAGCGGGCGCCCGCGCGCAAGGAGGGGCUGCUCAAGUACGGGCUGCUGGACGAGACCUCGCUGGACAGCGGGACGCGCUGGCGGCGGUGCCGGCUGCUGCUGCGCCCCGCGGGGCCGCCCCGCGCCCCCGGCCACGUCCUCGAGCUCUUCGACCCGCCCAAGGCCUCCCAGCCGACGCUGCGCGCCGCCUGCUCCGCCGUGCGGGAGGUGCGGAGCUGCACGCGCCUCGAGAUGCCCGACAACCUCCACACCUUCGUCCUCAAGGUGCACGAGGCGCCCGACGUGCUCUUCGAGGCCGGGGACGAGCAGCAGCUCAGCUCCUGGACGGCCGCCAUCCGGCAGUGCUCCGGCCGCGGGUGCCAAGCGGGCGACCCGGAGCUCCCGGCGGCCGGCCAGCGUCCCGAUGCAGCCGGCGCCGCCGGCCAAGGUGAGCGCGGCGGCGGCGGCGGCGGUGAUGAGCCGGCGGCGCCCGGCGCGGAGCGGCUCCUCGCCUCCUUCCCCUGGUUCCACGGGCCGGUGUCCCGCGUGCGGGCGGCCCAGCUCGUGCAGCUGCCGGGCCCCGAGGGCCACGGCGUCUUCCUGGUGCGCCAGAGCGAGACGCACCGCGGCGAGUACGUGCUCACCUUCAACUUCCAGGGCAGAGCCAAGCACCUGCGGCUCUCGCUCGCGGAGCGGGGCCAGUGCCGCGUGCAGCACCUGCGCUUCUCCUCCGUCCUGGACAUGCUGCACCACUUCCAACGGUAUCCCAUCCCCCUGGAGUGCGGCGCGCCCUGCGACGUCCGGCUCGCCAGCUACGUCGUCGGCCUGCCCCGCGCGCCAGCUCCCGGCAGCCCCCUCGCUCUGCCCCUGCCCGCGCCCGGCGAGCCGCCGCCGGAGCAGCUCUUCCAGCUGGUGCCGCUGCCGGCGGAGCCGGCGCCGAGGCCGGGCCGCGGCCGCCCACGCGCCGUCGACAACCAGUACACGCCGCUGUGAGCACUUUGGAGCCCGCCUGGGUGUCACGGACAGGAAAAGGAAAGACUGUAACUAUUUUCUUCCUUCUGAUACUUGAAGAAAUAAAAUGAUUGAGCUUGGGACUUGGUAGAUCUAGUUCUCUGGCCCACGUGUGCUUUUACCCACAUUUGUGGAGUAUUCAGGAUAGCCGCUUCAGGGUUCAGUUGCCGGAGGACGGAAAAUCAAUGGGGGCUUUGAGCUCCCGCACCCCUCACCCUCCUCGCUCCGCAGUCACCGCCACCUCCUGGGCUACCUCGGAGGAAGAAGCAGGCAGGUAGAGCUGAGAAAGCCUGAUGCAACCGCUGAGGUCUCGGCUUGCGCUUUAGCCCUGCAGACAGACUUGGCUCGACUUCACGAGCGCAACGUAACUGAGCGGCCGGACAGGACGCCGUGCCUGCGGCCAACGCUCGCCGCGGGCUCCCUGCGGAGCAGGCUGCGGGCAGAGAGCCUGGUUUUAGACUGACGCAGGGCAGCUGCUUUGGACAUGAGACGCAAGACAACAGGUAGAGCCUUCACGACAGGAACGAGGGUAGCAGGUAACCUAAGACUUACCAAAUCUUUAGUCCAGGUCCAGACAAAACUUCCCUCCCUUAACUCCAUGUUAUGCUUAGAAAAGUCCCUGUUUGCUGACAACAGACCGCUCCCGUCUGUGGCUCCUGCACGUCCCUUGCAUCGGACAGGCUCCGAAGAAGUUUGAGACACGAGUGUGAAGCACGAUUUCAUCUCUUCUCCCUUUCCACCCGCUGCAUCAUCCCAGCGCAGUGGACCAGGACGGGUAGUUCGGAGCAAGUCACCAAAACACACCAUCGCCUCAUGGAUUGCUUUUGCUUCAAACUAUUUUCCAUCAAAUCUUGUAGGAAAAGGUCCAGGUCCAAAGAGAAGCCAAAGCCAAAACCAGGAGAAAAGCGUGGCCGUCCAGCCUGAGCCCAAGCCGGUCUGCUUGAAGCACCCCUUUACCCACACCAGCACAGCUGCGAGGGAGCCGGGCAGCAGCUUUCUGUUUCUCAUUAUUUGACCACAGAACACUGCUGUCAUACAACCAAUGCAAUUUUACCUUAACAAGCAUAAAAAGCCUUGAUAUCUUGACUAACAGGUUUGAAUACAGAACAAGCUUAAAUUAAAUUUUAGAAUACUAUCUGAACAGACCAUAACCUUCGCCAACAACUACCAGAAGUGGGGGGAGUUGACUGUGCAUUCUCUAACUCGGUCUUUAACAGGUAGAUUAAAGCCAAAAAAAGUUGGUUGGAAUAAGAGCAUGUUCAUUUGGAAGUUCUACUUUUCACCUGCACAGAAAAGUUCUUCUUAUAUAUUUUCUAUGUAUUGUUUCUGUAUGUACUGUACAAAUAACUUAUUCUUUAAUAAUGCAAUUUUAUCAUAAUAUAAAAAAGGUCUGCUCUUAAUAAACUGUUUCUAGAA